GUUAUUUCUGACAGGUACCGAAUAUACUGAAUAUAACCUAUAUUUUAGAUGCGAUUAACAAAUUACUUUACCUAAAUAGACAAAAAUGUAACGUACACGACAAUAUUCAUUGAUAUUGGUCUGUUUUGUGAUCUACGGGAUUUAUUUUAUUCUAUCGAUUCGCAAAAUGGUCAUUAAAGUUUCAUCGUGAAGUAUAGAAUAGAAGCAGAGCAGUGGUAUCAGGCAUGGCUGACCCCAGUGAGUGUAAUAUUAAAGUUGUGUGUCGUUACAGACCUCAGUCAGAGGCAGAAGUAAAAGCUGGAGGGGCUUUGGUUGUAAAGUUUCCAUCAAAUGAAACUGUAAUCCAUUGUGGGAGAGCAUACACUUUUGACAGAGUUUUCAAGCCUACUGCUAAUCAAGAGCUUGUGUAUACUGAAUCUGCUAAACCAAUUGUCUCGGAUGUCUUGGCUGGUUACAAUGGCACGAUAUUUGCUUAUGGACAGACAGCUAGUGGAAAGACUCAUACAAUGGAGGGGAUAAUUGGCGACCAAACAUGGCAAGGAAUAAUACCACGUAUCAUCCAGGAUAUUUUCAAUUACAUCUACACCAUGGAUGAGAAUUUAGAAUUUCAUAUAAAGGUUUCUUACUUUGAAAUAUACUUAGAUAAAAUUAGAGAUUUAUUAGAUGUAUCAAAAACAAAUCUUGUUGUUCAUGAAGACAGAAAUCGUGUCCCAUAUGUAAAGGGAGCAACAGAACGAUUUGUGUCCAGUCCGGAAGAAGUUUUGGAUGUAAUUUCAGAAGGAAAAGCAAAUCGACAUGUAUCAGUUACAAAUAUGAAUGAGCAUAGUUCAAGGAGUCAUAGUAUUUUUUUAAUUAACGUUAAACAAGAAAACACAGAAACUCAAAAAAAAUUAAGUGGGAAAUUAUACCUUGUUGAUCUGGCUGGUUCAGAGAAGGUAAGCAAGACAGGUGCAGAAGGUGAUACAUUAGAAGAAGCAAAAAAUAUUAACAAAUCACUCUCAGCUCUUGGAAAUGUUAUCAGUUCCUUAGCAGAAGGAACUAGCUCCUAUAUACCUUACAGGGAUAGUAAGAUGACUCGAAUUCUACAAGAGAGUUUGGGAGGAAACUCGCGAACCACUAUUGUGAUUUGUUGCUCUCCUUCGUCUUUUAACGAUUUGGAGUCUAAAUCGACAUUGCUUUUUGGGCAACGUGCAAAGACGAUUAAAAACACUGUUGUUGUCAAUGAAGAACUAACAGCGGACGAAUGGAAGAAACGAUAUGAGAAAGAAAAAGAAAAAAAUGGAAAAUUAAGGGCCAUGCUGCAACAUUUGGAAAAAGAACUGAAUCGAUGGAGAAAAGGUGAAGACGUACCUGUAAACGAACAGAUCAACACUGCAGAUAGACGAAGGACGAAUGAAGUAUUAGAACUAUUAGAGGCGCAGAAGUCACCAGAACCAGCACACACUGCUAAAGUAUCUGACGUCGAAAAGAAAAGUUUUGAUGAAGAAAGAACAAAACUAUACAAGCAGAUUGACGAAAGGGACGAUGAAAUCCAAGCUCAAUCAGCUAAUAUUGAAAAUCUUUUAAAGCAAGUUGCUGAACUGGAAGAAACUCUAGUUUUCACCAAAGCCAAUGCUGAAAGUUUGGAGGGCCAAGUUGGUUCCAUUGCGAAAGAGCACGACGCUUCAAAGAACGAAGUGAAAGAGGUCUUGCAAGCUUUGGAAGAACUUGCUGUGAAUUAUGAUCAAAAGUUACAAGAAGUCGACCAGAAGAGUAAAGACAACGAGAGCCUGUUGGAUGAUUUAAAUAAAGAACAAUCUGGGAGACAGGUCUUAAGUAAGGAGCUAGAACUACUGCAGGAAAAAAUGAAUCUUAUGACACGAAAAGUGACGGAAAUUACGAAUAUACUACUUGGUGAACUGAGUGAGAUUGGAAAUUUUCUUGGUGGUUCUGUUGGUGGGAUGAAGCGACCUGAGAUAGAAAAUGCUUCUCAGUUUGAUGAAGAAUUUACAGUGGCUCGUUUGUACGUCAGCAAGUUAAAAACUGAAGUAAAAACCAUGGUGCAGGUGAAUCAACAACUUGGCAAAACUUGUGAUGAGAACCAGAAUAAAUUGGAUGCAUUUGAGAAGGAUCUACAAACGUACAAAUUAACAGUUGCCCAGCAUGAAGCUAAAACACAAACGCUACUUGAGAAUGUUAAAGAAGUGGAAGCAAAGAAACGUAUUUUGGAAGAAGCUGUCGACACGCUCAACGAAUCACUGGCCAAGAAAACUGCGAAUGAACAAAUGCAGUUGGAAACACUGAAGGAUAAAGAGGAGAAACACAUAAAGGGCAUGAUGGAUGCACAAGCUGUCAAGGAGGCGCUUGAAAAACAAAUGGCGACGCAUCAUGAUGCACACGCAAAGCAAGUUGGUAGUCUUCGCGACGAGAUUCAGGAACAGUCUAACAUUAUACAAGAAAUUAAAGAGAUCAUUCAAAAGAAGGAGUUGGAGGAGAUUCAAAUUAAGGGUGAAAAUGAAAAACUGCACUUAGAGAUUACUAACUUAAAAGGAAAAUAUCAGGAUUUACUAAAUUUGAAUACGAAGAAAGAACAUGCACAAAAGGAUCUUCAAGGCCUGGAAGAAACAGUAGCCAGAGAGUUAGCAACAUUAAAUAAGCUUCGCCAGAUGUUUGUGAAGGAUCUGCAAUCGCGAAUGAAAGUCAUUUCUGAAGAUAAUGAAGUUGAUGAAGCCAAUAGUCAAGCACAGAAACAGAAGAUUUCUUUUUUAGAGAACAACUUAGAGCAGCUCACAAAAGUGCACAAACAGCUUGUGAGAGACAACGCAGACUUGCGUCUAGAAUUGCCAAAACUCGAGAAGAGAUUGAAAGCUACUCAAGAAAGGGUCAAGGCAUUGGAGGCUGCUCUAAAGGACGCUAAAGACGGUGCUAUGAAGGAUCGGUCUAGAUAUACUAAAGAGGUUGACAAAUGGAAACAAGCCUAUAACAAGAGCCAAGUAAAUCGUCGUGUUCAUCAACCUCAAAUUGCUAAGCCAGUCAUACGACCUGGUCAGCCAAUCGGUGGCAGUUCAUACAUAAGGACUAACAGCAUAAGCAGUAGCAAUUCUCCCGAAAACAACUUUGAGUCAUCGAGACAACAAGGAGCUGUUGUCGUUCGCGCUACUUCUCCUUCCAAAAUACCUAUCGUUCCACCGAAUACUCAACCCAUAAUUAGGGGUGGCACUUAUCGAGAUGCAGAUAUGACGUUAGGGGGUAGCGGUGUCAGUCAGCGAGUAAAGACUGCUGUAGGAGCCGACAUUUCAUCUCGCUCAAGAAUUAGAAGGCCCGGAAGUGAGGAUCCACGACGCUCUUCCAUGUACGCGGAGUCGACAUCGUCAUCGUCAAGUCUUCAGGUGAACGGAGGUUCGGGUAUGAGAGGGAGUUCCAGCAUGGACAGGCUAAAUACUAUGGACAACAAUGGUUCACCAAAGAGUCCACGUAGGUUACCCGCCCCGUCCUCGCGAUCACCUCUGGCGAAUUUAUCCGGGCGUGAAGCUGAGAUACAAGCAUUGCUCACCGGUGGUAAAAUACCACGCUCGAGUUCUCAAACAGGAGAUAGCCCUUGGGAACGCAGAACAGGAUCGCAAAGAGGACAAAGCCCGCGGUAGUCAAACUUUACGGAACCGAUAAAUUGCGUCGUGAAAAUGUCACUCGGCUCUUCCGUAAAACUUCGUUAAAACCAGACAGGGUAUUAUUUCAAUCAAAAUAUAGGUGCUCUAUUAUUUUUAUACGAACAGUAGUCUACUAUAACGUUGGGCCAUCAAGACCGCAGUCUAUCGUCUCGUUUGUUUUAACAUAAUUGACAGAUCAAUUGGCAGUUCAUUUCAUCAAUGUUUGUGUUGUUUAACUAUAUAAAAUGUAGAAUUUCACAUAUUUUUUAUUUCAUAUGAUAACAUUAAAACAAAUUUGACUGCUGGCUAAUUGUGGAUUAUAAAGUAUAUCGGUCACCAGCUUUUUUACGCUCAUGUAUAGUAAAGAAGUUUAAAAAGCUAGUGAUCGAAUGCAAUGACUAAAUAAUUUUUUAAAAAUAUUUAAAUGAUAAUUUAUCAAUGAGAUGUAGUUUCUUAAUUAUAUUUCAGCUUCUAGCUUUUUUUUAAAAAAAAUGUGUUCGGCUUUUUGGGUAACUAGUCCGUUUCCAUAGAGACAGGUGUUUCAAACUCAAGAAGCUUGUUAAUAUAAGAUAGAAAAAAAAUUAUUUAUUAUCCAAUUUUUUUUGUUUUUUUGAUUUUUGUUUUGGUGAAAAAGAAUGGAGUAAAUUACA